ACCUUCUAACUCAACCCAGUGUGAGUUCACUAUCUCAGAGGGACAGUGUUUAAUCACACACAUUUCUCUCUCACACACACUCUGAGGAUGGAGAUGAGGAUGGAGAUGAGGAUGGAGAUGAAGGUGUUCCCGGUGCUAAUGCUGUGCGCUUUUCUGGCAGGAGUGCACGGCGGGAAUGUGUUGGUCUGGCCCUGCGACGGAAGUCACUUUCUGAACAUGAUCCCGGUUCUGGACGCGCUGAUGGACCGAGGACACCGGGUAUCGGUGCUCGUGCCGAGCGUAGCGCUUCACCGGGACGUGCGCCAAGCCGCGCACUUCGACCUGCUCUCCUUCAACGUGUCGGUGUCGGACUCGGAGCUGCAGCUGUUCCUGGAGGAAUACCUGCGCUUUUUGAUCUACGACAGGGCGCGCGCCGGUCUGCUGCAGAAGUACGUGGAGUUCUACCGGCUCGCCUCCCGCAGGCAGGACCUGGUCCUCUCGUACUGCGAGGGCACGCUCCGGAACCCGCCGCUCAUGGACAAGCUGAGGCGCAUGCGCUUCGACGCGGUCCUCGCGGACCCGGUGUACCCGUGCAGCGACCUGAUGGCGCACACGCUCGGCGUGCCGUUCGUCUACACGUUCCGCUUCUCCAUCGCGCACACCGUGGAGCGCCUGUGCGGCGCGAGCGUAACGCCACUGGCCUACGUGCCGGGAUCUACGUGCAACUUCACCGACCGCAUGAGCUUCACGCAGCGCGUGCGCAAUGUGCUCUUCUACUGGAGUCAGGACGUCAUGGCCCUGAGCCUGUGGAGGAAAUACGACCAGUACUACAGCCAGUAUUUAGGUAAACCCACAAGUUACUGUGAGAUGAUGGGUCGAGCUGAUAUCUGGUUGAUCAGAGCUUACUGGGACUUCGAGUUCCCGCGACCUCUCCUACCAAACUUCAUCUAUGUCGGAGGCCUGCACUGUACUCCUGCUAAACCUUUACCAGAGGGUAUGGAGGAGUUUGUUCAGAGCUCUGGAGAUGAUGGUGUUGUGGUGUUCGCUCUGGGCACGCUGAUCACAAACCUCACCAUGGAGAAGUCCAACAUGAUCGCCUCGGCUCUCGGACAGAUCCCUCAGAAGGUGGUGUGGAGUUACCGAGGAGAGAAGCCACACACUCUGGCUCCAAACACCAGGAUUUAUCGCUGGAUUCCCCAAAAUGAUUUACUGGGUCAUCCCAAAACCCGAGCGUUCGUCACUCAUGGUGGCUCCAACAGUGUGUAUCAGGCCAUUUAUCACGGCGUGCCCAUGGUGGGGAUCCCGCUGUUUGCCGAUCAACCAGAUAACAUGGUGCGCAUGCAGGCCAGAGGCGUCGCCAUCGUCCUGGACAUUAACAAAAUGCAGACGCAGGACCUGGUGGACACUCUUAAAGCCAUCAUCUAUCAAUCAAAGUACAAGGCGAACGCCCGGCGUCUGUCCCAGACGCACCACGAGCGUCCCAUCAAACCUCUGGACGAGGCCGUGUUCUGGAUCGAGUACGUGAUGAAGAAUAAAGGCGCUAAACACCUGCGCGUAGCCGCUCAUCAGCUCUCCUGGUACCAGUACUACCUGCUGGACGUGCUGAGCUUCUUCCUCCUCGCACUCGCUCUAAUCCUCUACAUCUUUAUGAAGACCAGCAGAGUCGGCCUCUGGAUCAUCAAAUCAACACGAAAUCACAAGAGGAAGUUGGAGUGACGUCCACUCUGUAGAAAGAUCACAACGCAGAACGUGUUGUACUUUCUGUUUUGCAGUAAAUGAAAUGAAAAUGCUACUGAAACAUAUAUAAUGUGAAUCAUACAAAGUGAGACUGACUUUACUUUAAAUUAAAAUUCUGUUUUAUUUGUUUGGUGUAAAAUUCUUUCAUUAUUAUUGUUCUUACAUUCCCACCUCGGUCUAGUCUCCCUGAGGUAAGACGGAUGAGCUCACCUGUCUGCAGUUUAACCAAAAAAUAACACAACAAUAUAUAAAUAAAAUAUAUUCA